AUGAAGGCUUCCCCUCAGCCUGAAGCUUCUGCGGACCGCCACGACAGUCCGGGCGGCUGGUUCACUCCCGCCCCGCCCCACCUCGACUCAGCACAAAGUGCGUGGCGCGCGGACCGUCAUAAAUACCGCGUGGCGCAGCUGUGGACCGUGGACAAGAUGGCGCCGACAGCUGUCUUCCUGCUCGUGCUGUCUGCGGCGCACGUGCUCGCGCAGGAGGGCGGCGCCCAGCUGUCCCAGGACUCCCAGGACUCCCAGGUCUCCCGGGACUCCCAGCCGGGGUCGCCGCGCCCCGCACAGGUGGUGCUGGGCUCGCCGUGGCCAGUGCUGUACGUGCAGCGCGCGGGCCCGGCCGCCAGGACCCUCGGCAGCACCGGGCUGCUGGACCUGUCCUUGGACACCCCUCACACCUCGCUGCACAAGGGCCUGCUGGUGCAGCACCCCCUGGGACUGUCCGCCGGCAUGCUGCCCUACUGCCGCGCGCUGCUGCAGGGCUACCAGGGCUACCAGCACUACCAGCCCGCCUACCAGCACUACACCGCCUACCAGCCGGCCUUCUAGCGCCGGUGCGUGCCGCCUCCAGCACCACGCGGGCUGGUGUAUGCCACACGUUACACACUCCUGUUUAACCAAGUUCAACAACUGGAAGUUCAUACCCACCCAUAAAUCUGUAUGAUUACAAUUUUUUUUUGACGUGACAACGUCUAAUAAAUCGGUCAACGCCGUCUGCACGCACGAAAAAGUGCCCCGUUAUGCUGUGUUCCGUUACGCUGUCGGCGAGUGCAGUAAUAAUAAAUAGGUUAUGUUACAAUUGACUAAAAAAAAUUUGGUGAUUCAUAUUAUUGAUGAUAGAUAUUUGAUUACAGUUUAUUUAUAUGAAAACUUGUUCAUAAUUAUAUUUAAACUUCAUAGCUGAACGCCAGUUUUAAAAAUUAAUUACAAGUCAUCUACACGUGAACUGUUUCGUGGACUGUUUAUAAAGUGAAGUGAAAAGUUAAUGUUGUUUCCAUGGCCUAUUACAACAACAAUUUCGGCAAUAAA